CCUCAAGCAUAUCUUAUAGCAAAACUAAUAGUUUUUUGAAAUGGCUUCUAAGAUUAUUAGUGUUGCAUUUUUCCUAUGUCUCAAUUUUUUCUUCAUCACUAUAGUGAACUCCAACUAUGUUAUCCCUGAAAUUCCAGUGCCAAUUCCAAACCCAACAAUUGACCCUUAUCCAAAGGCUACAUGUCCUAUAAAUGCACUUAAAUUAGGUGUGUGUGCAAAUGUGUUGAACUUGGUGAAAGCUAAAGUGGGGUCUCCACCAACACUCCCUUGUUGCACCCUAAUUAAAGGUCUUGCUAAUCUUGAAGUUGCAGCAUGCCUUUGCACUGCCCUUAAAGCUAAUGUCCUUGGUCUUCACCUUGAUGUUCCUAUUGCUUUGAGUGUCAUUCUCAACAAUUGUGGAUUGAACAACUCUGGUUUUCAAUGCCCUUAGAAUAUUAAUUUUUCAUUGGCACCAUAUUUAUAAUUUCAUGUGUUUCUUUGUCAUAUUUGUGUACUUUGUGUGUGUGUGUUUUUGUUGCAAUAUUCUUGACUUCUUACUCCUUCAUUAUUGUUCUUCUAUUAUAUGGAAGAUUAUAAAUCUUCUCCAUCUGCUUUAUCUAUUGUAUUAAAGAUUUAGUACAAAUAAAACUUUGUGGUUGACAAAUUUCUCAAUUGUAUACCUUGGUUCUAAAGAAAAUAAAUUAUUGUGAAAAAAAAUGAAAUUAUAAAAAUGUACUAGAAAAGUACAUCUAUGUAUCUAAUUUUAUUAGCGAGAGAGCUAGUAAAGUUUGAAUCGGAUCCUCAGUGAAUUUGUCUCUAAAUAAAUUAUAUAUCUUUUUUUCUUUGAGAUAA